AUGGCUGAUAAUACCCGAGCUGUCUUCUCAGCUCUCGACAAUGCUAAGACUCAACUCUACCAUUUUAAAGCAAUUGUCAUCGCCGGCAUGGGAUUCUUCACUGAUGCUUACGAUCUCUUCUGCAUCAGUGCUGUCACAAAGCUUAUAGGACGGCUAUACUACUAUGAUCCAUCAAAAGGCAAACCGGGAAAACUCCCAACAAAUGUCAACAACGCCAUAACCGGUGUGGCAUUAUGUGGAACACUUGCAGGGCAACUUUUCUUUGGAUGGCUUGGAGACAAAUUGGGGAGGAAAAAAGUUUAUGGUAUUACCCUUGUCACAAUGGUGGGGUGUGCCAUAGCUUCAGGCCUCUCAUUUGGCUCCACAGCUCAUAGUGUGAUUGCUUGCCUAUGCUUCUUCAGGUUCUGGCUGGGGUUUGGCAUCGGAGGAGACUACCCGCUUUCAGCCGUGAUCAUGUCGGAAUACGCCAACCAAAAAACCAGAGGGGCGUUCAUCGCCGCCGUGUUUGCUAUGCAAGGAGUGGGGAUUUUGUUUGCAGGGGUUGUGGCCAUGAUCGUUUCUAAGGCGUUCAUGGCUGCUUACCCAGCUCAUAACUUCAAUACAGAUGCUGUUUUGUCCACUCAGCCACAAGGAGAUUUUGUUUGGCGGAUUGUACUGAUGUUCGGAGCAGUUCCAGCGGCUUUAACCUACUACUGGCGGAUGAAGAUGCCGGAAACCGCUAGAUACACCGCCUUGGUCGCCGGAAACCACCAGAAGGCAGCUGCGGAUAUGGCAAAAGUCCUCGAAAAAGACAUACUUGUAGAAGAAUCAAAUUCUAAGCUUCCGAUGGAGUCAACUUCAUAUGGAUUAUUUUCGAAAGAAUUCGUUAAAAGGCACGGACGUCAUCUUCUGGGAACUACUAGUACCUGGUUCUUGUUGGAUAUAGCUUUCUACAGUCUCCAACUUGCGCAGAAGGAUAUUUAUCCUGCAAUUGGAUUCGUACAUAAAGCCUCAACCAUGAACGCCAUUGAAGAGGUUUUCCACAUCUCCAAAGCAAUGUUCUUAGUCGCACUCUUCGCAACAGUCCCUGGGUACUGGUUCACUGUGUUCCUAAUCGAUCGAAUCGGCCGGUUCGUAAUCCAGCUCGGUGGAUUCCUCCUAAUGUCCAUUUUCAUGCUGGUUCUUGGAGUCAAAUACGAAGCUUUCAGAGGCAAACCGUGUGCGGACACUAAGCACAAAGAUUCGUUGAACGAUUUUUGUGACGGUAAUAAGACUUUAUUCGGCCUCUUCUUUGGAUUGACUCUCUUCUUCGCCAAUUUUGGUCCGAAUAGCACGACGUUCAUUGUUCCGGCGGAGCUUUUCCCGGCUAGAUUCCGAUCAACCUGCCAUGGUAUAUCAGCAGCAUCUGGAAAAGCAGGAGCAAUAAUUGGGGCAUUUUUGAUACAGAAUUAUACUCAAAAAGCAGAAGGAAUCAAACGGGCAAUUAUAGCACUUUCUGUGGUGAAUUUGCUCGGAUUCUUAUUUACUUUCCUGGUGCCGGAGACGAAUGGCCGGUCGCUCGAAGAAAUUUCCGGCGAGGAUAAGGAUCUUGGUGGUGGAAAUGGCGGUACGAGUGAAGCCAAUGGAAAUCACAAGGCACAUAACAAUGGAAUUGAAAUGGCGGCCGGGAGUGAUAUGGUUUAG